GACACUUUUGGCUCUGCCUGUGACAGAGUGUGUAUCGGGGGCGCGCUCCGUGUGCGUGCAUGUGUGUGUGCGUGUGUGUGUGAGAGUGUAUGUGUGUAUAUGUCUCCUGGCUGAGCUUCUCUGCAGCUGCGACUCUUCAAUGGACCUCAUUGUCGCGGUGUCGCGCUCGUAGGCGUGCGGGAACCUCGCGUGCACAAACCUUGCGUGCGGAAACCUCGCGUGCGCAGCGGACGCUCCGGUUAUUUCUUUUUUUUUUGGUGGCUUUGCGUUGCGCGUGGCACCAACCGGAACGCAGAGGGUACCUGCUAUACUCCUUCUUCUGUCUUUUUUUUCGUUCUUCUUCUGUUUGGAGAAAUCAAGCAGAGAGAGAAAGAGAGAACGUUUUAAACUCGGACCACGGGAUCUUGGGGCUUUGCGUUAACACCGGGUGCGCGCGCGAGGGGAGGUGAAGGACUGGCAUUCUUGAUUCAGCCGUGAUCAACAUCCACUUCUCCUGAGGUCCGUGUCAUCAAUCACUGUUGCCCCUCAUCUCCACUGAGAACAAACUCUGGAUGAAACCAUCCACUGCUGGAUAUCUUGUGCCUCUUUGUCACUCCCACAUCGAUUUUCCUGCCCUUUGUUUUUCUCCCCCGGCCCACACCAUGAGCAUGAGGAGUCGUGGGGUCUGGAGCGGACUGAUGGUGCUCAGCCUGUUGGUGCUGGUCCAGUGGGUGGGCAGCUGCUGGUCCAUGACGCUGAACUCGGUUCCUUUGUAUCCGGUACCAGACGCACCACUCGGAGUGGAGGAUGAGAUCACCAAUGUUCUCCACAGACAUAAGAGAAACUGGGUGUGGAACCAGUUCUUUGUCUUGGAGGAGUACACGGGAGAUGACCCUCUCUACGUCGGCAAGCUGCACUCUGACGUGGAUAAAGGUGAAGGCAGGGUAAAGUACGUCCUCAAUGGUGAAGGAGCCACCACCAUUUUCACCAUCGACGAGAACACGGGCGACAUCCACGCCACCAAACGCCUGGACCGCGAGGAGCAAGCCUACUACACACUGCGUGCUCAGGCCCGCGACCGUGCCACCAACCUGCCCGUCGAACCAGAGUCCGAAUUCGUCAUCAAGGUGCAGGACAUCAAUGACAACGAGCCUCGCUUUCCAGACGGACCAUACCAGGCGCAAGUGCCUGAAAUGUCUCCAGUGGGUACGUCAGUGGUGGAGGUGAAGGCGACGGACGCAGACGAUCCAACAUACGGAAACAGUGCCAGAGUCGUCUACAGCAUCCUGGAAGGACAGCCGUAUUUCUCAGUGGAACCCAAGACAGGUAUCGUGAGGACGGCGCUGCCGAACAUGGACCGGGAGGCAAGGGACCAGUACCUGCUUGUCAUCCAGGCUAAGGACAUGGGAGGUCAGAUGGGCGGGCUCUCAGGAACCACGUCCGUCACCGUCAGGCUAACCGACGUGAACGACAAUCCUCCGCGGUUUUCACGAAAAUCCUAUCAGUUCAGCGUGCCCGAGUCACUGCCUGUGGCUUCCGUGGUGGCCAAGAUAAAGGCCUUGGAUGCAGACGUGGGCCCUAACGCUGAGAUGGAGUACAGAAUUAUCGAAGGAGACGGCCUCGGGGUUUUCAGGGUCGAGCCAGACAAAGACACUCAGGAAGGAGUCAUAACUCUGCUGAAAAGUCUGGACUUUGAAACCAAGUCUAGCUACACUCUAAAAAUCGAAGCGUCCAACAAACACAUGGAUCCUCGCUUUCGAGCGCAAGGGCCUUUCAGCGACACCGCCAUGGUCAGGCUGGUGGUGGACAAUGUGGACGAGCCACCUGUGUUCACUACGCCCGUCAGCAAGAUGGUGGUCUCCGAGGCGGCUAAAGUAGGAACCAUCAUUGGCACAGUUUCUGCCGUGGACCCCGACUCAACCAACAGCCCCAUCAGGUACUCAAUCGACCGGAACACAGAUCUGGAGCGUUUCUUUAACAUCGAAGCUACGAGUGGAGUCAUCAGCACGGCCAAGCCUUUAGACAGAGAGACGAACGCCGUGCACAACAUCACCAUCCUCGCCAUUGAAAGCUUGGACCCCUCGCAGGUGGGGAAAGGAAUCACCCUGAUCACUGUGAUGGAUGUCAACGAUAACGCUCCCAUUUUCGCCAUAGAGUACGAGACGUUCCUGUGCGAGAGUGCUGGACCAGGCCAGGUGAUCGAGACGGUGAGUGCGGUGGAUAAAGACGAGCCCCCCAGUGGCCAUCGCUUCUUCUUCUCCCUGACUGCCGAGGCUGCCGGGAACCACAAUUUCACCCUGCGGGACAACAAAGAUAACACGGCGUCCAUCCUGACUAAGCGUGGAGGAUUUCACAGGCGAGAGCAGCCACUGUACCGUCUGCCUGUGCUGAUAGUGGACAGCGGGAGUCCGUCUCUCAGCAGCACCAACACUUUGUCCAUCCGGGUGUGUGAGUGUGACUCUGAUGGAGCUCCACAGGCCUGUGGCACCGAGGCUUUCCUCCUGACGGCUGGACUUAGCACCGGAGCGCUCACAGCUAUCCUGGCCUGCAUCAUGACACUGCUCGUGCUUGUGCUGCUGAUCGUGACGGUGCGGCGGAGAAAGAAGGAGCCGUUGAUUGUGGAUGACGAGCGCGAUGUGCGCGAGAACAUCGUACGCUACGACGACGAGGGCGGCGGAGAGGAAGACACUGAGGCCUUUGACAUGGCAGCCUUGCGCCAUCUGAACGCCACGCGAGAGAGUAAAACACGACGUGACGUGACUCCUGACAUGCCUGCCAUACCCACCCUGUACCACACUCGCCCCCCGCCCUACAAAAUGGCCCCUGAUAACGGCGUUUUCCGCGAGUUCAUAUGGGAGCGGCUGAAGGAGGCGGACGUCGACCCUUCGGCUCCUCCCUAUGACUCGCUCCAGACGUACGCCUUUGAGGGAAACGGCUCGGCGGCGCAGUCACUCAGCUCACUCGAGUCACUCAGCACCGACUCGGAGCACAACUACGACUUCCUGAGCGACUGGGGGCCGCGUUUCAAAAAGCUGGCGGAUCUCUACGGCCACAGCGAAGCCAGCAACGUCUUCUCCUCCUAGCCACAGGGUCGAUUCCCCAACAGAAAUGAAAACGAACAGUCACCGAGUGCCAAUGACUCACCGCUCCUUGAAAGAAGGCAGGAGGGACACGUUUUAUUCCGACAAAAAGGAUGGUGAAAAAAAUGAAAAAAAGACAACAUAAAUGAACAACCAGUAACAAAUGCCAAAAAUGGCAUGAUUCCCCAAAAGAGGUGGGAGGAAGAAUAAAAAAUAUGGAACAUUCGUAUGUAGGAGGAGAAAUAUUGGCAUUGAUUUCCCUCAGAAACGUCGAUAAUCCUCUCCUAGGACAGAUUGUGGAUUCUUACAUUGUGGCACUUGGAUUUAAACCUACAAUAAGAUGCCAGACUCAGACACAGAAAGGAUGUAGCUGGGAUAAAGGGCAGAGGGUGGAGGCGUGCGCAAGGGUCCUUCUUGGAAUUUGUUUUGCUGAGACUUUCAGUGGCGAGGCAGUGAUGAAUCAGAACAGUCCUGCCUGCCGAGCCAGAUCUUCUGCCUCGUAACCCAUGCUCUCCGAUGCUAUCUCAAUGUUUCUGUUCUCUCACAUAUUUCUAUGACUCACAGCUUCUUCAGCCACAAAAAAAAAAAAAAAAAAAAAAAAAAUCAAUAUGAAUUAAGUCGCCGAAAUACUCCCGAAAGACAUAUUGCCUUGUGAGGUAAUGCAACUGUCGCUGUGUAAAAUAUCUUUUAUCUGACAUCAGGCUUUAGUUUCAUCUGAAAUAAAGCAUCAGUGUGGAUGAAAAAUAGCCAAACCACUGAUUUAGAAGAAAACAAAAGAGGUUUCUGUGUAUAAUAACGCUUACCCGGGAUGAGAUUGGAGUCGUUGCAGGUGUUCUUCGGCUCGGGGAAAAGUGUCUCGUUCGCUUUCUUUUGUGCAGCAGGAACAUUGUAACGAUGUGAAAUUGAAGGAUUAAACCUAUCCAUCACAUCUCUCUCUCUCUCUCUCUCUCUCUCUCUCUCUUUCUUUCUAUUCGACUCCGAAAAACAAAUGUGUUUAUAGCGUCAGGUUCUGCCUCAUGUACUUUGUACUGUAAGUAUGUUCUGGAUGAUUGUUGUGCAAGUUGUUUUUUAAGUUUUUAGAUUUUUUUGUUUUGUUUUUGUUUUUUUUCUACAUGAAACCAGCCAAGCUGUUGCAGACGAGAGGCACCUCGGAACUGAAACGUUAUUAACACACAAAAUGUCCAUUCUGUCUUACAGCUUCUCUCCUUUUCGAUUGUGAACGACUCGACAUGAAAACGUGAUUUGAAAAGCUUUGAAAUAUUCUUCAUAUACACCAUAAUUGAAAUAUGGACUUAUUUUGUACAGUCGUAAAAGUAAAUAAAACAA